AAGUUCCCAGCUUUCGCCAUUUUGCAUGUGAUUUGGAUUUGAAGAGCGCACAGAUUAAUGCGUUAAUCUUCACUAAAAGAGAGGCUGUGUUGAAAACCAGUGUCCGUUCCUGUUUGAGGACAAAACAGUUUGCGCAAAUCACCUACAACCUGUAGCUACGGGAAGAAUUUGUCUUCGAACCAGGCGUUAAAUGCUGCGUUGACAUGGGUCGAGUAGUUAAACCUGUAGUCAUAGUGGAGGUAAUCGUAUUGGUGGCGGCAUUUGCGGCUGGUUUGACGGUUAUCAUCCCCCUCCUCGAAACUGAGAACGAAUUGCCUAAAAUCAAGUGUCUUCCGUACUCACAAAUCGAAUUCAGUGACCACAACCCACCCCACUACUGGUUGACUGAUGUGGAAGUCCAGCCUCCAGAAUCGAAUGGCCCGUGCGACUACUGUCUGUUCUCGCAGAUAACAGUCGUCGUGGCCGCUCUAGCCAGUAUUUUGUAUCGUCUGGUCACACUCUGCGGUGAAAAAUAUGAUUUGUCCUUCCUACGGACAAUGUCCGUGCCUCUCUACGCGAUGUGCACGUUGGGCGUCCUCGUUGAGGGCAUCAUCCUCCAAGUUGGUGUCAACCGGUUUCUUGGAUCUGCCAUGGUUUACAAAACCUACACUGACCCCAAAACUUGCGACCAGGUCCAGGCCGGAUUGCAGAAAGCAGCAGAUAAGAGUUCCCAAGACCUGAGCCUGAACUUCUGUAGUGAGCUCAGCAUAGUGACGGUGGCGUCCUGGAUCUCGACCUUUACCUGGUUGAGUCUGACCAUACUGGCUGGAGUUCAAUUUCACCUGCAACGACAUGCACCACAGCCAAGCGACAGACAGAUGCUAGUCUAUGGCGCCGGGGAGGAUCAGAAGACUUAGUCAAGUCUAACGUCUGUUGACGUCAGAUUAAGUCAGUUUGAACGAUCAUGGGAAUCAAUGUCAACAUUUCUGGUUCUAAAAGACGAGACUUUCCGAACACAAUGUAGGCUUACUUUUGAUUUUACAUGCUGACUGCGAGAAUGUACAAGAUUUCGCGAGAAAUUGAAGCCUUAAAGGUUUAACCGAAAUGUACAAGAUAAUCUGCUUAAAGUUUUGCUUACAUUUUUCAUUUGACUUUUACCGAAGUAUUAGAGUGACGCUUCCCACGCCCUCUGUUGUCACAGUGAUUAGCAUUACAAAAGUUCCUACGAUAAAAAUAAGAUCAGCUACAUAUCUCUGAUUGAUUGCUUUGCGUCGUUUUUACCUUUCCAUGUAGUCUGAUUGGUCUAUAUUCUCAAGUGCGCGUUCACGCGUAACGCAGUGUCCACUAUGCGCGUUUAAUAUUUAAAUGAAGCUGACCCCAGGUCAAACGGACGAAUUGUUUCUAUAUAGUGGCCAUUCGGACCCGUGAUUCACCCGCGUGAAAAUCUCUGGAAUGUUGGAUUACCUGGUGACGUCACGAGGUGUGUUCAUGAAUCCAUAUCGAUUCUAAUCUCUAGAUAAUGCUCGUAAUCUGGAUUAAUAAAACAAACUAUCCUUUCGGUUCUAUCACAUUUUCAAAAGGUUUUCUCAAAUAUUGCCAACAUUUAGGGAUCUCAGUAUUAUUAAAAAAAUAUCCUAUUUUCAGAAAAUAUUCACAAUUUUUUGGAGAAAGGAAACCACACCCAGGACAACACAAUAUUUUGUUUCUGGGCCAUUCCAUUAAUUUGGGGUCCAUUUUUUUUCGUGUCUCUGUUCCAUUUGAUAUAUAAUGUAAAUUCGGGCACAUUCUUUUCAAUUCUGUAACAUUUAUUUCAAUGAUGCCAUUCUUUACAAUAUGUAAAAACAUGUAUAAAUUACAUAAGGAAUACAAUUAUAAUGUGAUAUUUGAUAUGUACAUAGUGAUUAAUAAUACAGGGUGGAUAA